AAAUUAAUGUAAUAAAGUCUCGAGCUUUCUUGGGUGGGCACAAUUGGAGUGUCACGUUGCAGGCUCCUUGGUUUCACCAGAUAUUGCCUAUUCGUUUGUGAUGUCAUGUCAGUGUCCACAGGGCAUCAUCUUCGCCUCCUCUCCUCCAUAAAUACCCUUCCGAGGGCGUGUGGCAUCCACAAGCCUUCUUCAUCUCUCCUUAUUCCAUUUCCAAAUCCUAAUUCCCCUCUUUGCUUCCUUCUCUCAAUACUCCAUGGCACCCCUAGAAGUAGAAGCCAGCAACCAACCAAUCCCCAAGGAAACCAAACUUGAUAUACCGGAAAAUGAUGCUGAGCAACACAGAGGUCAAGAAGUCCAAAUUAACUACGCCCAAAGAGCACAAUGGCUUAGAGCCGCAGUGCUUGGAGCCAGUGAUGGGUUGGUCUCCACAGCAUCUUUAAUGAUGGGAGUAGGAGCUGUAAAGCAGGAUGUAAAAUCCAUGAUUAUUACUGGCUUUGCAGGGAUGGUUGCCGGAGCAUGUAGCAUGGCGAUUGGAGAGUUCGUGUCGGUGUACUCUCAGUAUGACAUAGAGCUUUCUCAAAUGAAGAGACAGCAUAAAGCUUCAGAUGAUGGAAAAGAAAGUCUGGAUGAGAGCGAGAAAGAAGACCUUCCUAACCCGUUCAAGGCGGCUGGAGCAUCUGCUCUAGCCUUUGUUGUCGGAGCUGUGGUACCACUAUUAUCAGCUUCAUUUAUACAGAAUUAUAAGGUUAGGUUGGGGGUGGUAAUUGUUAUGUCAAGCUUGGCUCUGAUAGUGUUUGGGAUCUUAGGUGGACUCUUGGGAAGGGCUUCUGUGAAGAAGUCUUGUUUGAGGGUGUUGAUUGGUGGGUGGCUGGCUAUGGCUAUAACUUAUGGAUUGACCAAGUUGAUUGGUCUAGCUGGAGUAUAAGAUUAGGUUAUCCCGAGCCAGCUAGCUACAUCCUCAUCCUUUUUAUCUAUUUCCCCCUCUUUUAAGCUAUGGAAUCAAGACAUGUAUGGAGAGGUGGAUGUCUUUUGCAGAAGGAUCUCUCCCCUCUCUCUCUUUCUUUGUGAUGUGUUGUUUUUUUCUGUAUCUUUUAGGAUUGUAAUGAGAUGUAAAAUAUUGGUUCUCUUAAUUCAGUUUUCACUUUUGCA